AUGUAUGGAAAAACAUCUACUAGUCCACCCUUUUCCAAUCAUUACGCGAAAAUCGAUUCAAUUUUGAAUGUUCCUCAAACAUACGACAAUGGUGAUAGACCUCAAUCUGAUGAUUGUAGGGAAUCUGCCAUCAUUCAUAAUUCUCAAACGCAUGAUGGAAGAACAUCUUCUAGCCCACCCUUCUCCAAUCAUUACGCAAAAAUCACAUCGAUUUUAAAUGAUUCCCAAACAUACGAUAACGGUGAUGGACCUCAGACUCACGGUGGAGGGGCAUUCGUUACCUUCCCUAAUCCUCAAGCACAUGAUGAAAGAACAUCCACUAUCAUCUUUAAUCCCCAAACAUACGGUGGGAGGGUAUCUUCUAGUCCCAUCCUCUUGCGUUACUCAUUUAAUUAUUAUGCAAAAAUCCCAUCGAUUUUGAGUGGUCCUCAAACUCUUCCAUCGUUCCCGUGGUUCUUAAAUAAUCCUAAUGAAACUAAUGAUGUUUCUCUUUCACCUAUUUACAAUAAUUUAACACAUCAACAAAUUCAUUUACGUACUCUUGAACCCGAUCAUAAACCGGAUGAUCCAAAAUUAUCGUUUCGGUUAUAA